AGGCUCCUCCCCCUGCCAUCUCUUGAGGAGCCUUGGAGGAAUGUCCGGCGUGGGACGUGUACAGUCAGACCAGGGUUCAUGGCUUCCUCCAGGACGCUUGGCACUUUCCGUCUCCCGCCGUUGCCCACGAUUCGAGAAAUCAUUAAGUUGUUUAGACUGCAAGCCGUGAAGCAGCUAUCCCAGAAUUUUCUUCUGGACUUGAGGCUGACAGAUAAAAUUGUAAGGAAAGCUGGCAAUCUGACAAAUGCUUAUGUAUAUGAAGUGGGCCCUGGGCCUGGGGGAAUCACAAGAUCCAUUCUCAAUGCCGGUGUUGCGGAACUUCUGGUGGUUGAAAAGGAUAGUCGAUUUAUUCCUGGAUUACAGAUGCUUUCUGAUGCAGCACCUGGAAAACUGAGAAUUGUUCAUGGAGAUGUCUUGACAUUUAAGAUAGAAAGGGCUUUUCCAGAAAGUCUCAAAAGACAGUGGGAGGAUGAUCCUCCAAAUGUACAUAUUAUUGGAAAUCUGCCUUUUAGUGUAUCAACUCCACUGAUUAUCAAAUGGCUUGAAAAUGUUUCUCAAAGAAAUGGACCAUUUGCAUAUGGUAGAACCCAGAUGAUGUUAACUUUUCAAAAGGAAGUGGCAGAGAGACUUACAGCUACUACUGGAAGCAAACAGCGAAGUCGCCUCUCCAUCAUGGCCCAGUACCUCUGCGACGUUCAGCACAUCUUGACAAUUCCAGGUCAGGCUUUUGUGCCCAAACCAGAGGUGGACUCGGGGGUGGUGCACUUCACCCCCCUGACCCAGCCCAGGAUCGAGCAGCCCUUCAAGCUGGUGGAGAAGGUGGUUCAGAAUGCCUUUCAGUUCCGAAGGAAAUACUGCCAUCGAGGGCUCGGAAUGUUAUUCCCUGAAGCUCGGCGAUUAGAAAGCACGGGAAAACUGUUAGAGUUGGCAGAUGUGGACCCAACUCUCCGACCUACCCAACUCACUGUCUCACAUUUUAAGAGCCUCUGCGAUGUGUACCGAAAAAUGUGUGAUGAAGACCCACACCUCUUUGCUUACAAUUUCAGAGAAGAACUCAGGCAAAAAUCAAAAAAAGAGGAUGACAAGCAGAGCUGCAGACUGUAGCUGCUACUCAAGGGCCUGCCAGCCUGCCAGGUGCUGAACUUCUCAUGUGUGCUCACGACUGUGACUUACUCCCCUUUUACAGCUUGGAAGAGAGAAUAAAUAUCAAGUAAGAUAGAGUACAAGCUUUAAUAUACAUAUAUAUACUGCAUAGAUGUGACAUGUUUAGUAUAAACAGCAUCUAUUACAACCUUACAAAAAUGAAGUAUCUGCACAUUGUACCCCUAACCCACA